AUGUGGAUUCUCCGUGUCUUUUCCUCUGCGACAUACCUGACCGCGAUCGUCCUCUCGAUCCCCCUCGCCUUUGAUGUCGGCGGCAAAACCUGCGGUCUGGCCUACUCGCUCUCUCUCGCCAGCUUUUACUUUCUAUUUUCUCUGCUGAAACUCGCAACGCCCGACACGUCGCGUUUUCGAAGAUUACUGGUCAUUCUCGUGGGCUCGACGCAAUGGCUCAUCGUUCCAGCGUUGUUGAUCUGGUCGCUGAAUCUGUUUUCCGUGGAUUCGAAGAGUCGCAGUAACGCUAAUCGAUGGGUGGACAAGUACACCACUCAUAGUAGCUAUGCGAAAGAGGUCAAUAACGGUGUAUGGAGCGGUGUUUCGACGUGGAUCUUUGGUCCGGGCGGUUUGGUUGAAUCUUUCGCUAUUGGGAGCUGGGAUAAGCUUUUGCGAUGGUCAUCUCCGUUCUUUCAAUUGGUCGAGGGCUUUUGCAGUCUGCUUGUUAUUCAGGCUGCUGGGCAAAUAACACGUUGGCUCGUCAACAGGAGUGGUGGUGGUGAUACAUGGAUGAUCAGUCUUCUUGUCGUCUCUGCUUCCAUCAUCUCGAGCUCGGUCUACUUUCUCUGGCGCGUUCUUCAGUUCCCUGAAAUCUCCAAUGUCGACGCGGCUUUGAUUGGUGUCGCUAUUACCAGCGCUGUCAUUCUAUGCGCCUGGGGAAUUGGCAGCGGUCGUGGCAAUGCAGUCGAGAGCUCGCUGCUCUUUGCUUAUAUUGUUCUUUGUGUCUACCAAAUCUUCACUGAUUACCAACCCUCCGCGCCUGUCGAGCAAGCGACCCCCGCGCAAGCAGCCGACUUUCCUCCUCUGCCACCUAUCAUAAUGGCAUCGUAUAGCACGCUGAUAAAUCUGCUCUCGCUCUUACCAUCUAUUCUACACGCCGCGUUUAACGUCAUUGCCGCCGCUUUCAGUGCCGUUACGCCCUCGAUUUUGAUCACCCUUGCCUACCGCCUUUUCGUGUUUUACGCCUCAACGCGAAUUAUACCCGCAGUCCGUGAAUCUGGUGCUCGAGCUUUGUCGCAAGAAGCAUCUCUCGACGACGAUGACGGCGCCAACAAACUGUUGGGCUUGCUCAGCUGGUUUUCGCCCAGUAUACUUGUCGCAGUCUACACCAGUCUGCUAAUGCAACAUUUUGCCGCAAACUCUCCAGGCAUCGCUGGAGGAGUCGCUGCCGGACAAUGGUGGUUGAGUCAAGGAGAUGUUGGCUCAAAUUUUUGGCGAUGGAUCAAUUUGGCUUGCACAAUGGCGCUUUAUGCCUUUGAGUUGUGGAUUGGUCAGGAAGACGAUAUUGAUUCGGGAUUGACGGGCCACUGGAAGACGGAUUGA